AUGCCCGCCGCCACCAUCCCUCCCCUCCCUUUCUCCGCCGAAGAAGUGCUCAACGCUUCUGAAAAGGACAAAGCGCAACUCAAGGACAUCCACACCCUCCUCGACAAGCUCUUCGUCCGCAACCGCAACCAGCACCGCCGCAACCACUGGUUCAAGUCGCUAUGGCAGUUCCGCAAGGAGAUGCGCCUGCUCGUUGAGGAGAUGGAGCACAAGAAGAAGAAGUGGGCCGCUGAGCAGAUCACGUCCCGUCUGAAGUACUGGGAUGAGAAGUGCAUCCACCAGUGGUACUUGCACUUUACACAGCUCGUCGCUGUGGGCCCAUUCGCGGUGCUAGGCCUUGCGCUCAUGGCGUCAGUGGCGCGCGUGUGCCGGAUCACCGGCAUCACGGCCGUGUACGAGGAGAUGGCCUCGGACGACGUGCAGGGUGUGUUGACAGCGGUGGAUGAGGGCUUGCUCGCCGAAGAGUACGGCGGCAUGAUGGACGUGGACGAGCCGCAGUGGGAUGAAGGAGAGGUUGUGGAGAGGGAGGAGUAG